AUGGUUCCGACUCAGGGCGUGUUGAACAAUACUGGAAUACCACCGAUCUGCACGAUGACGAUAACGGACUUGGAUGGAAACCGCGUCACAACGACCUCGAUUGGCCAGCCUCUUCUUCUCAAACUCUUUGUAACACCGAGGGAGCUUUAUGGUGGCUUCGCCAGGAACUGCUAUGCAAGAACCGCAAACGAGGAUUGGAAAUAUGAGCUCAUAGACGAAAAAGGAUGUGCGCAUGAUUCGACCCUCUUCAAAAACUUCAACGAAUCGCCAGAAGGUCUCGUUGCUCAGUUCAAUGCGUUCAAGUUCCCUGGCAACUCCUAUCUGAAGUUUGAGUGUGAUGUGCGCGUAUGCGUGGGCCAGUGUGAGCCG